AUGGUCCAGGAAGCCGACUUGAAGAGCUCAGUGGAGGUACUUAAGCAGUCUGUGGCUUCGACAAGUGACUUGUUGGCGUUUGCUGAUGACAUUGCUCAGAAUAAAGAGGUGGAUCCUGAGGCCUUGAAGCAGACACAGAGAAGUGCUCUUCUAGACUCACUCAGAGUGAAGAGGUUCCAUAAGCUGUAUAAAACAUGGGACAAUGAACGCCGUGACGAGUUUAUUGAGAAGGAAAUUAGAGCUUACAAUAAGAGGUACGCUCAGAUGACGAGGCUUCACACCGAGUUGAACGAAUUGGACGAGAAGUAUGCUGAUACCAAGAACAGUGUACUGUUGCCCAAGUUCAAGUUAUCCAUUCAGACUCUUCAGAAGUACGAGGAUGGAGAGCUUUUGAAGUAUUUGAAUAAAGAUGCUCAGGGAAUCUACCCUUCGCUGGUGUCUUUGGAUGAGCUUUUCAGUCUUGACCCUAGCUCUUCGCUCGCUGCUCCAGACUACAAGACGUUUAAUAAGCUUGUGAACACGGAAUUCAGUCUUCGAUCGUUGUGUCAGAUCAAGUACGAGGUUUUGCUUCGAGUGAAGCAGCACUUGUCGUCGAAGAACUCCCAGUGGUCUAGAAGAGAUACCCUGCUUCACAGUUUUCUUACCACAUCUCUUCGUGAACGUAUAGACGAGGUGAAAAAAAUCAGGGCUUCGGAAUCGCAGGAUUUGAGAGAUAUUGAUGUUGAUUUGGAUAUUGACGAAUAUAGCGACGAGGGAGAAGAGGAUGAUGAAGAGAAGGAGAAACAGGACGAUGAAGAGGGCAGAGACCCUAGCCAAGCAGGCGAGCAGGGUCAGGAUGGAGACGAGCAAGAGGAGCAAAAGGAGGAGAAGGAACAAGAUGGUGAAUUGGACGAACAUGCUCAGACUGAAGAGCAUGACGAUGCAAUUGAAGAAGAUGAAGAUCCAGAGGAAGCUGAAGUUGACGAAGAGGGCGAAAACGCAGCAGACGCAGACGAAACUGAAGAUCCCCAAGCUCAAGACACCCCAAACGUUGAUGCCGACCAUGCCGCUGAAGAAGAAGUUGAAGAGUCUACAGAUAUGCUAAUUGACUAA